CCAGCCAAAUUAUUCAUUCAAUCCUCAUUGCUCAAACAGCAAACAACAGUAUAAAAAUCAGAUAACAAUUUAAAUAAGUAUCUACAUAUAUAUUCACAAUGGUAGCCAAUGGUCAAACAGCAACAACAACACCACCACCUCCACCACCAAGCGGCUCAGAAGCAGCAACAACAACCGCCGCUGCCGCUGCCGCUGCCGCCGCAACGACUACAAAAAAGUCUGGAGCAAUGGGUAUCCAAUCAAGUGCCUGGCUGACUGCUGCUGCUGUUGCCAUCUAUACUGCUAGAGUCUUGUGGGUGAAGCUUAAGAAGAGUAAUUCUACUAGUGAUAAGGAAGGUGACGAUGAGGAUGAAAUGGACAACGAAGUGGAUGCCGAUGAAGAUAUCGAAAACUGGAAGCAGGAUGACUUGAUCCCUGCGGGAUCCCAAUCGAAUGGGUUGAUGACCACCCACAAAUUGUUCGAAGUGAACAAAGGUGCUUCAUUUAUUUUCGAAAACUAAAUUGGAAGUAGACUUUUCAUAAGCAUUAGACAUACAGUACACAUGCAAUACGCCUACACUUACACAUACACAUACAAAUUAUUCUUGCCUUGUUGGUCAAGCGGUGUUAUAAUGCUCGUUAGUUCUGUGGGGGAUCAUCGAGUACUUAUUCACAUUUGCUAUUCUGUUAAAGCAAAUCCACAAAAGUUCGAAUAAAUACAAAGUUGUUGUAAAUUACACACAUUUAAAAA